AUGGCUCCGCAGACGGGCUCCACCAAGAAGGAGACGCAGCCUCUCGCAGCCUUUCCACGGCUUUUCACUUGGGAAGAGAUCAGGAUCCACAAUGGUCGUGGCCAAGGUCGGGAGCAGUGGCUGGUGAUCAACAGGAAAGUUUACGACGUCAGCGAGUUUUCCGAUCGGCACCCUGGAGGACGACGAGUUAUUAGCCACUAUGCUGGGCAAGAUGCUACGGAUGCCUUUGUAGCCUUUCACAAUGAUAAGGCUCUGGUGAAAAAGUACUUGAAAUCUCUAGAGAUUGGGGAGCUGGCGCCAGACCAACCCAGCUUGGAGUCUAAUAAAAAAGAAUCACUUUUAGAGGAUUUCCGUGAGCUGCGCUGUGAUCUUGAGAAGAAGGGACUUCUGAAACCAGAUUAUAUCUUUUUCUUCCUGAUUUUCCUUCACCUCCUGAUAUUGGAUGCUUCAUCCUGGCUUGUAGUCUGGUACUUUGGAAUAUCCUCCGUGCCUUUCUUUGCUGGCAUUGCACUCUUCACCAUUGCUCAGAUCCAGAUGGGCUGGUUCCAGCAUGAUUUAGGACACUGCUCUGUCUUCAGAAAGCCUAAAUGGAAUCGAUUAAUGCAGAUUGUUGUGAUAAAUGUUAUGAAGGGGUUACCUGCGUGUUGGUGGAAUCACCUGCACAACCAGCACCAUGCCAAGCCCAACUGCUUCCGCAAAGACCCCGAUCUCAACAUGCACCCUCUCCUCUUCAGCUUGGGGAAGACACUCUCUAUGGAGCUUGGCAAAAAGAAGAAGAAGUUCAUGCCUUACAAUUAUCAGCAUAGAUAUUUCAGCAUAUUGGCUCCAGCUGCACUUAUACCCUUCUUCCAGGUGUCUAUAUUCUACUUCACAAUCAAGAAGAAAAAGUGGUUGGAACUGUUUUUGAUUACAUUUUUCAACAUCCGAGUCUCUCUCAUGUAUAUUCCUUUAAUGGGAUUUAACAAUUUCAUGGUGUACUACUGGCUGUCCAGGUACCUAGAGAGUACCUGGUUUAUUUGGGUCUCGCAGAUGAACCACAUUCCAAUGGACAUUGAUUAUGAUAAGAAUGAAGACUGGGUAUCCACGCAGGUUCAUGCAACGUGCAAUGUGAACCAAUCCAUGUUCAAUGACUGGUUCACUGGGCACUUGAACUUCCAAAUAGAGCACCACCUUUUCCCCACGAUGCCUCGACACAACUACCGGAAAGCAGCUCCUUUGGUGAAAGCCCUUUGUGAGAAGCAUGGCAUUGAGUAUAAAAGCAAGACUUUACUCACAGCCUUCAGGGAUAUUUUAAACUCCCUGAAGGACUCUGGGGAACAUUGGUUGGAAGCCUAUCUGCAUGGAUAG